AUGACCGACAGCUGGCAGCCAGCAGCCGUCUACGCGGGCUCGCAAUGGGUUCAAGAUGGUCAACCAUACGCACCUCCUUCAACCUUCUCUGACUUCAUCUAUGCUUUCCCAAAACCAAGGCUCAGCGGCCGUGUCAUCAAACCUCGUAGUGCUGGGAAUAGCCCUUCCUCUGCUGGCAGACGGAGAACAAGCACGAUGCCAUAUAGCUCGCCCAUGCACCGCCAGCCUUCGAAACAGGAUUACCAGGCUUCUCUGAAUGCCGCACUCUUAGCAUCAGCAAUUCAAUCUGGAAGACGAUCUCGACCUAUCAGCUGGCAUCCAGCAUCAAGACAGCUAGACUACACACAACUCUAUGCAGCAAGCACGACAGUCGAUUCCUACAACAUGCCGGUCACACAAGCCUGCCCUCACCCACAGCAAAUGAUGGCUGGUGUUUAUGACGAUGAGAGCAUGCUGAACUCUUAUGCCCCAUCAGAGGUGUCAAUGCCCCAACAGAACUUGGAUUUCUCAACAGCCGACAUGAGCUUUCCGAUUCAGGAACCAGCUUACCUCCAAGCCAGCAAUCCUCACCUUGAUGCUAUCUCCUGGGACGGGACUUCACCAGCAAUUCCGUCUUACCUCCAACCAACUCCAACUGAGUGGCCGUUUGACAUGGUAUCAAUGAACCAGAGCAUUCCCUCCGUCGGGGCCCCUGCCUCUAUAUACGGAAGUGUAUCAUCACCCGGCCGCUUGACCGAGCCAGCCACCCCCGACUUUCUUCCGAUUCAACAAUUUGGUGAUGAGGCAGAUUCGCAGGCAGUGCCCGCGCUAGGGAAGCCAGAUGCCGACGACGAACUUGUCGGCAUGGGUCUGUACAACAAUCCUGAAUCAUCCGCCGAAGAGUCACUCUAUGGACUGAAUGGCAAGGGGUUGAAAUUGGAAGAAACAUUCACACCAUCAUCAGACAAUGAGGUGGAUGACAACGAUGCGGAAGAAGACGAGCAACAAGAGCCAGAGGCUCAAAGCCGUACCGACAUCAAAAGCCAGCCUCAGCAACAGCCAAACCAGCAUAUCGAAACAAGCAAACAAAUUAGACCGGCUGAGAACAUGAUGCAGAAAUCAUUCUUUUUCGAAGACGACGUUGAUUAUCAACCGCGUGUUAGCACUGAGCCCCGAUCCUCCUUUAACUUUGGAGGCACGUCUUGCAUGAAUUACGGAUACGGAUGGAUUUGA